AUGAGCCACUCUUUUUGCCGCGUCGGCAUUGCCAUCUACUGCCUUCUACAGCUCAUUGCCUUCAUCUUCAUUUUGGUUGGAACCCUGAUUGACCAAUUCCGCGUACAGAACGUGGAUGCACUCAGCAACGACCCGUGCCUAACGAUAUGGGGCUUCAAGGACAAGUGCAUCUCGCUCAAGUGGAGUGUCCGGACCAAGGAUUUAUGGAAGGGCUGCCCUCAGCGCCUGCAGCGCUUCAACGCGGCUGAGGCUCUGAGCAUUGCUGCCGUCCUCAUCAGUGCUCUGGCGUGCCUCAUCGGGUUUGUCAUGCUGUGCUGCUGCCGCUGCUUGCGCUGGCUUUGCCUAAUUCUGAACAUUCUGGCCACCUUCUGUGGCUGUGCCGUCACUGCGCUCAUGACUGACGCCUUCUACAACAACCAUGAGGAAGGCCUUCAGCAGUACAACAACUCCUGCUACGCGCUCCGCCAGAACGGCUCCGUCAUUCAUCCUUCGGCCAUCGCAGAUGGCAAUCCAGUGGCCACCCAUUACAAAUACGGUGCCGGCUUUGCCAUUUACAUUGUCGGCUGGGGCCUCUGCUUCAUCAACAUAUUUUUUCUCAUGCUGCCGUGUUAA